AUGGAACAUUCUGCUGUGAUAGCAUCUCUACUCCUUGUCUUCCAGUUCAUCUCUGUUGUGUUUGCAGAGUACAUCCUUCACACAUUCAGUGGAGAAAUUGGAGCAGGAAAUUACACCUACUACAAACUAACAAGAGAAGGGGAUCUACGCCUCCUCCUGUCCACAGAAACUGGGGAUUCAGAUAUCUACGUUUCUGAUAAAACUUUGCAUCCAGAUUUUGAAAAUUAUGAAUUACAAUCAGUGACAUGUGGUGAUGAUGAAGUGUUGAUACCUACCAGUAUGAAGCGACCUAUCGGUAUUGGUGUAUAUGGACACCCAAGUCAUAAAGAGAGUAAAUAUGUGAUGAGUUUAAUGGCGGGGUCCAGUGGUCAAGGUGAGACUUUUAAUACAGAAUCGGAUGGUGAUGCGGCAGGCAAUACUCAGGGUGAACAGGAAGAACAGUCCAUUUUAUACACUGUGCUUGUAGGUAUACUAAAAAUAGCUUUUGAUAUUCUAUUAUGA